UCAUUGUGAUAUUUUCCUUUAUUUAGGUAGCUGUUGAUUAGAGACAUGGCUCUCACUAAUGGAUCAAUGGUAUCUGAGUUUGUGCUUCUGGGACUCUCCAAUUCUUGGGGACUUCAGCUUUUGCUUUUUGCCACCUUCUCUAUGGUCUAUGUGACAUCAGUCUUAGGCAAUGUGAUGAUUAUUGUCAUUAUUUUCUCUGACUCCCAUUUGGACUCUCCUAUGUACUUCCUGCUCAGUAACCUUUCCUUCAUUGAUAUCUGCCAGUCUAACUUUGCCACCCCCAAGAUGCUUAUAGACUUUUUUGUUGAGCACAAGACUAUCUCCUUUGAGGGCUGCAUGACCCAGAUAUUCCUUCUUCACAGUUUUGUUGGGAGUGAGAUGCUGCUGCUUGUAGCUAUGGGAUAUGACAGAUUUAUAGCAAUAUGUAAGCCCCUGCACUACAGUACAAUUAUGAGUCGGAAGCUAUGUGUAAUUUUUGUGUCUAUUUCUUGGGCAGUGGGUAUUCUUCAUUCAGUGAGCCACUUGAUUUUUACACUGGAUCUACCAUUCUGUGGUCCCAAUGAGGUAGAUAGCUUCUUUUGUGACCUUCCCUUAGUGAUAAAGUUGGCUUGCAUGGAUACAUACGGAAUGGAAAUUGUGACCCUGACUAACAGUGGCCUGAUAUCACUGGGCUGUUUUCUGGCUUUAAUUAUUUCCUAUACCAUCAUUUUGAUCACUGUCAGGAAUCGGUCCUCCAGUGGGUUAUCCAAGGCACUUUCUACAUUAACUGCCCAUAUCACAGUGAUGAUUCUUUUCUUUGGGCCUUGCAUUUAUUUCUAUAUAUGGCCUUUCAGCAGACUUUCUGUGGAUAAGUUUCUUUCUGUCUUCUACACGAUUGGGACACCCUUACUGAAUCCUAUCAUCUACUCUCUGAGGAAUGAAGAUGUUAAAGAGGCCUCACGGAAGUUGAGAAAACAUCAUGCAAACUCUUGGAAAAGCUGAGGAUCUAUGUGAAAGCAUAAUGCUGGAUUAGAGUGAGAGCCUCCUGGGGAUGAUAGCAUCAUGCUAAUUA